AUGAGGUGGCUCCAGUUACUUACGGCUUCUCUACUGCCUUUCACUGCGAUUGCAGCGAAGAAAGCCCCCAAAGACCGCUACCAGGACUUCCGGACCAAAUCGCUCUCCUCUACACCUCUGAAGCUCGACGAUGCCUCCUACAGCAAAUUGACGCAAGCACCGAGAGACUAUGCAGUCGUAGUGCUUCUCACAGCUUUGGAGACUCGGUUCGGCUGCGUGCUAUGCCGUGAGUUCCAACCGGAAUGGGAGCUUCUCGCGAAGAGCUGGACGAAUGGCGACAAGACGGGGGAAAGCAGAGUGUUCUUUGGAACACUAGAUUUUGCGGAGGGCAGGAACACGUUCCAAUCCCUUCAACUCCAAACUGCUCCGGUCAUCCUCAUGUUCAAUCCCACCACUGGAGCGAACGCGAAGGCGGACGCUCAGCCUUCUCGAUUUGACUUCACAGCUGGACCCCAAACUGCCGAGUCAAUCCACGCCUGGGUUUCACGACAUCUGCCUGAGGGCCCCAAACCAGCCGUCAGCCGGCCCAUCAACUACUUUAAGAUAAUCUCUGUGACCACUGCUAUUCUCGGAUUGAUCACGCUCGUCACCGUCACGGCUCCCUACAUGAUUCCUCUUCUGCAGAACCGCAACCUGUGGGCAGCCCUCAGCUUGAUCGCAGUUCUUCUUUUCACCAGCGGACACAUGUUCAAUCACAUUAGGAAGGUCCCAUACGUGUCAGGAGAUGGCAAGGGGGGCAUCAGCUACUUCGCUGGCGGGUUCAGCAACCAAUUCGGCAUGGAGACCCAGAUCAUUGCCGCAAUUUAUGGCGUGCUGUCUUUCGCUACGAUUUCCCUCGCAUUGAAGGUUCCCCGGAUAUCAGACGCCAAGGCACAAUCCUUUGCUGUCUUCUUAUGGAGCGGUGUGAUCUUUGGAAUGUACAGCUUCCUAAUGAGUGUCUUCAGGAUGAAAAACGGUGGCUACCCAUUCUUCCUGCCACCGUUCUAG